AAGCUGUUAGUCGUUGCAAAUCGCCGCUGGUUACGAGUGUCAGUUGAGAACGUUUGAAAUUUAUUUUAUGCGCUUUAACGACAUUACUUACAUACGUGAAUUUGUUUGCGGUUGUGUAAAAUAUUUGUGGAGACGAUAAUAAAAAUUCUAACAGUAGCCAUUCUUCUGAGCGGUGCUAAGAAAGUGUUCGGUCACCUCAGUUGUGACUGAGACGUUGUGUGAAGUUGAACGUUUCGAUUGGAUUGUGAAGAAGAUUGUUUAAUAUAAAUCUGAAUACAAAAAACCGCGACACAUUAAUACCAUCUUAUAGUGAUAAUAUAAAGAAACAAAAACAAUGAAAAUUGAGUGGGCACCGGUGCAUGUGCCACCAAAGCGACGACUGCAGACCCUUGCUGCAGGUCUCUACGUGAUGAUAUUUAUGCUUGUGCCGGGAAUAUCGUUACUUAUUAUUGCAUCGUUGUUGUAUUAUGGUAAUCUAUUUUGGAAGCUUUUGACUCUGGCAUACUUGACUUUUGUUUAUUUCGAUCAUAAGAGGAAUUUCAGUGAUAUUCAUGGCAAUGGCUUUAUGAUAUUUCGUAGUAAUUGUAUAUGGAAACACUUUCGUGAUUACUUCCCAAUUGAGUUGAUAAAAACAGCCGAUUUGAGUGCCGAUCGCAAUUACAUUUUGGCUAGCUUUCCACAUGGUAUAAUCGGUACCGGCAUCACCUGUAAUAUGAGCAGAGACAUACGGCAAUGGUUGAAACUAUUUCCAGGCAUACGUCCCAAAAUCGGCACUUUAGAUAUGCAUUUUUACACGCCCAUUUUUCGCGAGGCGAUACGUUACUGGGGUAUGGUGUCGGUUUCUAAGGAGUCAUUGAUGCAUUAUCUAUCAGCCUCGAAUCAUCCGAAACAUCCCGACAAUCUUGAUGGUUUUACUUCGAAUGCUGUCGCUAUUUUGGUGGGUGGCGCACAAGAGGCCUUGGACUCACAUCCGGGACGUUAUAUACUUACACUGAAAAGGCGCAAAGGUUUUGUCAAAUUGGCCAUACGCACAGGCUCACCAAUUGUACCGACAUUCUCCUUCGGCGAAGUGGAGAUAUUCGACCAAGUCAAUAAUCCACCAAACUCAUGGUUGCGACGUUUCCAAACUUUAACCAAGCGACUAACAGGCAUCUCGCCUUUGAUUGUUUUGGGGCGCGGCUUCUUCCAGUAUACUUUUGGAUUUCUGCCACAGCGCAAGCAUAUCGUGCAAGUUGUUGGCAAGCCCAUUGAGGUUGAAAAGAACGACAUUCCCGACCCCGAGUAUGUGGACAAAAUUCAUCAGGAAGUCAUUGACCAGCUGAAGGAGAUGUUUGAGAAAUACAAGGACAAAUAUAUAGAAAAUGGCAAAAAUGUUAAUUUAGUGAUUACAUAACGUAUGAUCAUCAUAAUUGUGGCACAUCUGUUUGCUUGUGUGUGUUUUGUUAUUUAAUUUUGUAAAUAAGUAUUAGCAGAUAAUGUGUGUGAGCAUUAAUUUGUUAAAUUAGAAAAAAUCGUCUGUAUACAUAUAUAUUAUAUGUAAGUCUAUUAGUACUAUGUAUAUAAUA